AUGUUAAAUCAUAAUGGUCCAUAUGCGCAAAUAAUUCUCCCAUGCAAUGGUGGUUAUUGGAUGGAUGGUGUUAAUAGUUGUACUAUAAAUAUUGAUGAUAAUUUUAUUUAUAAUAAUAACAAUAACAAUAAUAAUAAUAGUUGUGUUCGAUAUAAAUUGGAAACUGAUGAUAUCUCGCAUUGUUAUCGAAGAUAUUUUGUUGGAAAGGAGCAUCAUGAUUUCUAUGCCUUAGAUAUGCUUGGACCGAUUGUUUUAUCGGUUCGAACUGAAACAAUAUCAUCUCAAGAUCAUUUUAGAAUUAUGCUAAGGACGCGAUAUGGAACUAUUCAUAAAAUAUUGCCUGCUAAUGCAUUAGCAAAUCGGCCAACGGCAAGCCGUAUGGCGAAAUUACUUUGCGAUGAAAUCACAACAGAGCAUUUUACACCAAUUGCAUUUCCUCGUGGCACUGAUAUGAUUCUAAAAUAUGAUGAGCAUUUUAUCACUAAUACCUACAAAUUCGGUAUUAUUUAUCAGAAAUUUGCUCAGACGACAGAAGAAGAGUUCUUUGGAAACGCAUUUCAUUCAAGCGCUUUUGAGGAAUUCUUAGAUAUUUGUGGUGAAAGAGUUAAACUCAAAGAUUUCCAGGGAUUUCGUGGCGGUCUCGAUACUCAAUAUGGACAAACAGGCACCGAAUCUAUUUAUACUCAUUUUCGGCAAAAUGAAAUUAUGUUUCAUGUUUCAACAUUAUUACCAUUUACGGUUGGCGAUACGCAACAACUUCAGCGUAAACGCCACAUUGGGAAUGAUAUUGUUGCCAUAGUAUUUCAAGACGAAAACACACCAUUUUCACCAAAUAUGAUUGCGAGUAAUUUUCUUCACGCAUUUAUAGUUAUUCAAGCAAUUGAUCCUUGUACACCAAACACUCGUUAUAGAGUAUCGGUAACAGCUCGUGAUGAUGUACCAUUCUUUGGUCCAACAUUACCUGCACCAUCAAUAUUUCGCAAAGGUCAAGAAUUUCGUAUUUUUUUAUUAACAAAAUUAAUAAAUGCUGAAAACGCUGCUUACAAAUCUCAGAAAUUUUCCAAAUUAGCUGGAAGGACUCGUUGUUCAUUACUUGAUACCUUAUAUGCUAAUUUGAAAGAACGAGCACAAUUUUAUGGUUUACCACUAUUAGAAUCAACCGCAAAUCACCAACAUGGAUUUUUAUAUUCAGUAAAGAAAGCCAUUACUGGAAGAUCGCGAUCCGUAUCUCACGACGUCAAUCAGAGCGGAAAUCGUUCAUCGUCGGGUUCGGAUUUGAGUAGUCCAAGUCAACGAUUUAAUAGAAAAUCGUGUCCAAAUGCAGAAACGAUAUUAAAAAAUGCAAAUUAUGGCAAAUAUUCACGACAAAUUAAUUUACGAAAUCGAUCGAUGUAUGAAGAGGAUUCUUUUGAAGAUGAGCAAGCAAGUAGCGGAAGCAUGGUAUUACAAGCGUCAAGCAAUAGUAAAAACAGUAGUAAAAAAUUGUAUGAAUCAAAUGACUCUCUAGGCAAAUCUCGAGUUGGAAUCAGUCGAUUUCAACGAGAAUGGGAUUUAUCGAGUGUUGAUAGCAGUGAAAUAGAACAUGAUUCAGAUACAGGCCUAGAAUCAAUGUCAUCAAUAGAUUUACCGCUAUCAAAAUCGAAUCGUUUAUCGUGUACACUUUGCGUUGAUGGUACAUAUCCAUUACAUGACGAUGAGAUAAAAAGAUUAGAUGAAUUAUUAAUGGAUGUUGAGAAAUUAAAAAUUGAAAAAAUGGAUUUAUUAAAACAAAAUGUUACAUGUCGAACUGAUAUUAAAAAAUUAAAAGAAAGGUUUCUCAUUAUUGCAUAA